AUGGGCGCCGGUAGCUCCAAGCCUGACGCUUCGGCGGGCUCGAAACAUGUUUUUUCGAGCGGUGGCCCCGUCCAGUUCUCAUCUAACCUUGUCGACAACCUCCAAUCCAACACCGAGACGGACUCCUCCCGCGCAAAGAGCAUCGAACUCCAGAUUCAGGCCCGCGUAGCUCAAGAGCUCGAACGUCUCCGUCAACGCGAGCAGCAGACCCUUGCUGAGAUCGAGAAGCGCGUUGCGGAAUCCAAAGACAGCGCUCCCUCGUCGUUCUCUUCCACACCAAACGUCAGCUACCCCGCUGGCUCGCUGGACCUGGAUGCUCCCCGGAUCCCCUUCGCAGGCCGCGAAUACACUCCUGCCCCUGUCCCCGAUGCGCAGCCCAUCAACCGUGAUGUGUCCCGUGACUCGGUGAACACCGAAAUCGAGGAACUGCGUGCUAAGCUUGAGGGCCGGAGAAAGUUGGUUGAGAUCGAUGAGAGCGUUGAGAAGGCCAAGUCAAAUGUCGUGAGCUGCUUGCGCUUAAACGACCGCCGGCCUUUGGACUGCUGGCAGGAGGUUAAUGCGUUCAAGAAGGAGGUUGCCAAGCUUGAGGAAGCGUUUGUGGACCGGGUUGUUGGUUAG